UGUCAGUUAAAUGAUAAUAUGAAUAAUAUGAAUAAUAUGAAUUGACAGAAUGUGCUUGACGAAUGUAAUAAUUGAUCAAUUGAGAUAUUUGAUAUACUUUUCGAGAUGAACGAUUAAUUUUUAACGAUACAAAUCUCUCUUAGAGAAAUGAUAUAAUGAAAGUAUUUUUAUAGAAAUAGCACAGAUCAAAAAAUGAAAAAUGAGUAUAACAAUAUUAUAUGAUAAUAUUAUAUGAUUAUAAUAAAUAACCGAAUUAUUCUUUAUUUCUGAUAUAAGUAUAAUAUUGAGAUUGAAAUAUCUUCUAAAUAUAUUCAUUAUUUUUUCAAAAGAUUAUAAGAUAUCAACUUUCAGUCGUGACAAUAAUUAACAAUAUUAUCACAAGUUAUGUGAUUGCAUUUGAAUUAACGAUCACUAAUUAAAUACAAAAAACAUUCUAUGUUUUUUUUUAUUCAUAUCUUAUAUAAAAUCAGGAUUAUCAAGGGAAUUGAUACGGUCCUGGUGGCUCGUGUGCGUGACGUGGAAAGCACACGUUCAUACUGCUCGCGUGUCAGCUACCGUAACCCUCGAGUACAUAUCGGGGAUUUCACGGUGCACGGGGUCGCAGCUGAAAGGAAGGAACUGAAAAAAGGUGUGAAUGCCGGAUGGCAUUCAUUCAAAUGCCGUCCAAUCACAGCAUCGUACUCCAGAUGUUAAAAAUCGUAUUAAAAUUUAUGAAUAUAUUAAAAAGAAUCUAACUUGAAUUGACAAAGUCAUUGUCUUUCUGUGCAAAUAUAUUUAACAUUAAGUAGUUUCUCCAUUCGAUUCAAACCAGUAUAAUCGAACCGGAAAUAGAACGUUUAGAUUUGAUGAUAAAAAUCACAACGAAGAGAAAACGAUUUAACAUUGGAGCAUCAGAGUCCUGUGAAUCACUUGAAUGAUUUUCUUCGAUAAUCAGCUUUCUAUUCUCUUCUUCUCGUGCGAAUAUCCAAGGAAGAGAGAAAGAUGAAGAAAUGAAAAAGUUGAAGAAAUUAAUUUGAUUCGUGAAUUUCACAUUUCUUUUCAUCAUAGAUUCAAUAUGUGACUUAUAAUAAAAUAAUAUAACAAUUGAUUGCGAUCUUUUGUUUUGAAAAAAGAGAAAAAAAAUUAGCAAUACAAGAAAUAAUCAUCAUAUUCCAGAAGUGAUAUGAUUAGUUGUUUUUGCUAUAUUGAGUUAGUUCAUAACAUUUUGUAAAAUGUGAUGAUUCUAUAACAUAAUUCUAUAACAUAAUUUUUGAAAAAUCAUAAUAUUGAAUUUUAAAUAAAGAGAAAUUUUUAUAACAUUCUUAAUAAAACAUUAAUAACAUUCUUAAUUUUAGAUCAGAUCAAAGUGGCACAAAUGUGACGAUAUUCUCGAAAAGUUAUUAUGGAAGAAUAUUACAUUUUUAAAAAAAAAAUUUAGAAGACAUUCUAUUGAUUGGAACAUCUUUCAUAAUCUCAGAAUAAUCAAAAAACAUCUGGAGAUAAAAAUCAAUUAGAAGAUUAUGAUUAUUCUAAAACCGAUUAGCAUUAUUUUGUAUGAGAAAUUAUUAUUAUUAGAGAAAAACAAGAAAUUUAAUAAAAUUCAAAAAUACGUGAAGAAUCGACGUAACAGUAUAAAUAUAUUUUUUUGUUACUAUCGUAUCUUAUUCAAAAAGAAUAGAAAAAAGAAAAAAUUUUCAAUAUCUGCAUGCGAUAGUCUAACGACUAGAAAAAGUCAGAACUCAUUGCACAGUGAUAUAGAAUCAAUUUACUAGAUGAAUUUAUAUUUUCAUAAAGGAAUUACUAUUUUUUCUUUUACAGUCCAAAUUUCUUUGUUCAUUUCUUUCUUAAACUCCAUGAAUACUAUAUUAAAUUUAUCAAAUCAAUAUUUGUUAUUUGGAUUCUUUUGCUUCAUAAUUUAUUUUUGAUUUUUGCUUUAUAAUUAAUAAUAUUGAAUUCAUAAAUUACUUUGUAUAUCUAAUAUUUAAUAUUUCAGUUAAUGUUAAACAAAAAUUACAUGCAAUGGAAAAAAUUGUAUAGAUUGAAAUUUAGUAUAGAAAAAUAUGAAUACAAGAAUCAAUUCAAAUAUUUAUUUUGUUAUUAUUAUAUAUAAUUACUUUAAUAAUAUAAAUUAUAUUAAUAUUUUUAAUAAAAAAUUUUAUUCAAAUAACUGAUAUUAUUUGAAUUAUGAAAAAAAAUUAUGGUUUUCAUGUUUAAAUCAUAACUUAUACAUAAUAUAAGACAAUAGAUAUAUAUGUAUCAAGAAUAUUUAGUUGGAUUAAUUGAUACUUGAUAUUAAAUACAUUUUCGUUAUUUCUAUAAGCCAGUUGAAAAAAUUGUUCGAUAUGAGAAAUUUAACUUUAUAUAUUAUCUCAAUAGCUUCAUAUAAUUACUACAAAAAUCGUACAUCAUCAUAUUCAUCGCGGAAAGAAUAUAUUUAAAACUUUAUUUAAAUAGAACUGAACUGAUUUAAAAACAAAGAAUUCGCAGAAAGCAUUUAAAUAACCUGUUGCAUCAAGUUAGGAAAAAAAAUCAAAAAAUCGUUCGGUCAACUGACAUCCACAAGAAUCAAUAAAUCCAUUAAAUUCAAUGAAAUAAUCAUAUUCAAACGUUAAUUGUUAUUACAACGCUUUUUCUCUAUUAUUCAAUAAAAAAAUUUUAUUUUCUUUUACAGGUUCAUUGACUUUUAUUUUCCCAGAAAAGAAAACAAAAUUCUAAGAAAAAGAAAAAAAAUUAAAAAAAGAUAAAAAAAUAAAAAGAAAAUCUUAUUAAAAUAUUUCAUUUUUCCAUUCGCAACUUCGUUUUGAUCGAUUAUUUUUCAACAAAAAAUUCUCAAGAAAAUCAAGAAUUUCUCAAAAGAGAGAAAAAAAAAUAAAGAGACAAAAAAUAACUCGAAAAUCGACCUCGGUCCGGCAGAAAAAUUGAUUCAGCAUAGUCUGGAGAGCCGUGGCGAGUAUGCGAGAAGAACUGGGGACGCGUGUGCGCAGUUCUCUCAACCAACAUGUCCGCCCGGGUGCUCUGGAUAGUCAUGGUUAUGCAGCGCGAUCCGUUACACAUCUUCGUCAGCCGAAUCCUUGGUUUUUGUAUUACAUAUAUCCGCGAGGCGUGUAUAUUAUAAAAGGGAUUGGCUUAGGGUUCGGUCUCUGAGUCGUUGCCUCCUGGUGGAGGAUCACCUGCAGGUACAGCCGGUUGUGAUCCCGGCAGUGCACGAGGUGCGAGCAGCCGCGGGGAUACUGGAGCCGUGGCACGACGGAUAGCCAGAGCACUCGAGAGAGUGGAGAAUCGCGGGAGAACCAGGGAGAGACAGAGACAGGUAGAGCCUUACUGGCGGUGAAAUACGAAGCGGGAAAGAGAGGGAGAAGCUUGAGGCAGGCGCGCGUAUUGAUUCCCGCGUGACGUUUAUAUGGUGAGGUGAGAAAGCUGCAACCUGAAGAGUCGUGCCAUUUCCUUCGUCGCUAAAAAACUGAACGGGGAAGACACGGACUCAAGCAACAACUUGGGAUUUCUCGUUUUUGAGCCGUUUGUCCUUGGUCCACUGGAAGGAGAUCGGUGAUCAGUGGACCAGAAUGAGAGAAGUCAUUCAAGUCUGCUCGAGCAGGGACCCGUUGGCCCUUCGCGCGAGAAAUGAUUUUUAGAAGGAAGAGGGCAUGACGCACCGAACUCAUGCAGUGGCGAAAACACGUGCGCAUCAAGUACGGUGGUCGAGUCGGUGUCGGUCAAGGACAGCGGGAACGGGAGCAGGUGCAGCUGCAGGUGCGCGUGGUGCAGCUGCAGCGGGAAGGGGGCGCACGACUCAGCUACGUCUGUCACCAGCCUCAACUCUCGUCGACGGCUCGCCGCAGCUGCAGCACAGCAGCCAUGCUCUGCUGCGGCCGCAGGAAAGAGGGCCGGGGGGAAGUGACAGACAUAAGCGCAAGUCCUGGAAGGCAAGCACCUUCCAACCAGUUGCGCCCCAAGGAACCACCCCCCAUGGUCAUUCAGGGAGAUUUCAGAAAGGUGAGUGGAAUCAGCACAGAGAUAUUCAAGCAGAUCGAAACCGUCGAGAACGAUCAUGACGCCUCGACAGCAGCCGCCCUCGAAGCUGUCGAACGAAGGGGUGAGAUGGUUGUCCGGGUCAUCGAGCCACGACAGAUGGGCAGGCAGGCGUCCGAAGCGGCGAAGAAGUUCAUUGCUAUGCAGGAUCCAAAACAACCUAUCCAUUUUGUUGAAAUAAUCAAAAGACCAGGACAAACAUUGGGAUUAUACAUACGAGAAGGUAAUGGUGUCGACAGAAAUGACGGUGUUUUUAUCUCGAGAAUAGCCCUGGAGACCGCAGUCUACAAUAGCGGCUGCCUGAAGGUUGGAGAUGAGAUUCUAGCAGUGAAUCUGGUCGAUGUGACGCACAUGAGUCUAGAUGACGUUGUAAUCAUUAUGUCAAUACCCAGAAGACUCGUCCUGGCGACAAGACACGGUCAACACCAACCAAUUUCGCAUAGUCGUCAGACUGAACAUAAAGCACCUCCAGUUGUAGUGAUCAAGAGAGAGCUAAAUGAAGAUGAAAGUGAUCAUGCAACAAGCAAUCAUGUCAGGGAUGGCAGUCGUAGACGUGGCGAUGGUCGUGAGAUGCUACCUUCCCGAUCAAGAUUAGGUUUGACAGGUCUAGGUUCCAGUCAAGAUCUCGGAUCCAGCAAUGGCGAUUUGUAUUACAAUUCUAGACCGGAAGGGCAUUGGUCUUAUCAACCACCACCGCCUCCUGUAAUUACUCAUCAGCCUAAACCCUCUACAACACAACACUUCCAGCCUUAUGAGCGUGGAUAUCCAAAAACAUUGGAGAGUUUGGCUGAAAAAGUACAUUCCUUCUACACGGGGCCAGUUAUCCCCUCUAAUGGUGGUCGCCGGAUGUCCACGGGUGCAGGAAUGCAAUCAGUUGGUAGCAGAUUAUCUAGUCAAACUCAAUCAACGCAUUAUGGUUAUGGUCAGCAUACUGGAACUGGAAGAAUAAUGCCUAGAAGCGGUUCGGAUCAACAUUUACCUCGGGUUGAUUACACGAGCAUCACAACUCCAGCUAGACAUACUCUUCUUAGGUCCAGUUUGAAGUCAGGAACUUCUGCGUUGAGAUACAAUACCAGAUAUGGUACUCAGGGAGAUAGCGCAUCAACUACACAAAGACAAGGACAAUUUGGUACUCUAACUAGGAGGCAUCGACCAUCAUUGGAUUACGCUUCCGAUACCGAAGCAACCUGUUCAAGUUCGCCUAAAUCAGCUUAUUAUUACUACAGGCACAAUAUGAAUAAUCCGCCACAAAGUAGUGCUGUCUCGCAUCUUGCCACCCUCUCAAGAUCACAGAUUGGUCAGAGUUCCUCAGGCUUGAGAUCGAAUUCGUUGCCUCGUAGUGGCAGAACAUUGCCUCAGCAACCAGGUCUCAGGUCUGGACUUAGCACAGUAGCAUCUGGACUAAUAGAUCAGGAAGAUAGCGAUGGUGCACUGUCAGCGCCUGAACUACCUUCCAUCAGACGUGAUAGAGGAAGAAUACCAUCAUCACCUAGUGUGUUCACAUCAGAUGAGUACCGGGCAUGGUUGAGUCGAACGCCGAGUACCAGUGCAUUAUACGAGCAGAUCAGAGCCACUACAACCAGACCACCACGUUAUACCUAUAGUGCAGAAAAUAUUCAUGCAGCUGCAAAUCAAGGUGAAUAUGGAAGCUAUGGAGCAUAUAGACCACUUUCCAGCACAUUAGAUCGUUUGUCAACAAGAUCAGCCUCUGCACAACAAGUGAAUCUUGCCAAUUUAAGAGCAUCGACGGCAAUAAGUUCAACAUGUCCUCGUGGGACAGCGAAUCAAAGACCGGCCUCGGUUGCAUCCAGUGCUCGUACUUCUUUAACGAGUCAGAAACCAUCAUUGAGUAGCUCCACCACCCAGAGGGCAACGUCAGUCAGGAGAAUUAGAAACCUGCUAGAUCUAGAGUCCACACGAAGCAUACCUACCCCCACACCUACCAGAACUCAGGAUCAAAGACUGCUAGAUAUUAAUCCUGCAGAGUUCCUUAAAUAUAAGAUAGAAAAACCUCCAACUGUUGGAACUCCGAGCUCUACCAGCUCUCUUUUGAGCUCACUCGGAGAAACUAGCAGCGGCGAUUUGGCGGGAGGCGUUAGUGGGCUUCUCUGGGUUCAUCUUCUGGCUGGACGUGGUCUUCGUUCGACAACAUCUUCCUCAGCAGCCACUACACCUUCUACACCAUCAGGUCAGCCUAAUUUAGCUAGUUGCGGUUUGAGAGACCUUUACUGCGUACUGGAAUGCGAUAGAGUACAUAAGGCGAGGACAGUGAUGCGAACCGGUGAUUUAAUGUUCGACUGGGACGAAACCUUCGAGCUGGAUCUCGUUGGCAACCGUCAAUUAGAUUUGCUGGUCUAUUCAUGGGACCCACAAUAUAGGCACAAGCUAUGUUAUAAAGGAUCUGUACAUCUGGCGACUCUUUUGAAGGAGUCACCAGUUCAUCAAUUAGCUGUCAAAGUUGAACCACGUGGUACAAUUUAUCUAAGACUGCGAUACACUGAUGCUCAGCAAACAUUCCGAAGAAGAGGACUUCCGGUUAUAUCUCUUGCCACCAGGGUAGCACCCCUCUUCGGAGUUGACCUUGACACGGUGGUAAGUCGAGAAAGCAAAACUGGUGGAGUUCCUGGAGGUGUUUCUACCGCUUUAGCAAUGGGCGUUCCAAAUGUACCCAUAAUUGUAUGGCGUUGUGUAGAAGAAGUUGAAAGAAGAGGUCUUGAUAUUAUUGGUUUAUAUAGGCUUUGUGGAUCAGCUACGAAGAAGAGGAUACUUAGGGAAGCUUUUGAAAGAAAUGCUCGUUCGGUGAAUUUGUCGCCUGAUAAUGUGCCAGAUAUCAAUGUGAUUACUGGUGUAUUAAAAGAUUACUUGCGAGAACUUCCAGAACCACUCUUCACGAAGUGCCUCUACCAAAUGAUGGUCGAUGCACUGGCCGUCUGUUUACCAGAUGAUCCACAGGGCAAUGCAAAACUCAUGUUUAGUAUACUUGAUUGUUUACCAAAAGUGAACAGGUGUACAUUAAUAUAUUUGCUCGACCAUUUGGCAAUGGUAGUAUCCCAAUGCAAUAAAAUGUCUCCAGCAAGUUUGGCAGUUUGUUUUGGACCAGUGUUAAUGCUACAUUCAGAAGAAAAUGGGCCACCUCUGGAUUUCCAACAACCAAUAGCAGUUCUCAAAUAUCUUCUUGAGAUUUGGCCUGUUAAGUCAGACAGUUCGGAAGAUUUCUUCAGUCGCUUCAGCGCUUCCUCGAGUUACGCCAGUAGUCGAGCACAACAACAGUCAGCAGCAACUGCAGCAGCAGCAGCAGCAACAGCAAGUACAGCAACAGGUACAGCAACAGGUACAGCAGCAGUUGCAGGGAACAUUGGGGCGCACAGGGCUGCCUUGGCAGCCUCAACACUCACUUCAUCAACAGCCCCCAACUACGGCACCACCCGCAGCUCUCGCGUCCUCCACUCGACCACCACCACCGGUCAAGCCUCGACAGAGCAAACGCAAAUUGCCGGCUCUACCAAAUCGCUGACAGCACAGAGACGCCGCUUCUUGCACAGGUGAUAGUCUCGUCUCCCGGUUCACCUAGCAGCGAGGAGUCAGAAGUCUCGCCGGAACCGAUUAAUAAAAGCCUCCUCGGCGGUCUGGGACUCGAAAAGAGCAACGAAGGGACCACAGUGAACUCCAGUGGUCCAGGAACAGAACAAAUUACACCGACCAGUAGUAUCGACACUGAGGAGGGGAAUAUACCACAUCUAGAAGAAGGCGAAAAGGGAGUUGAGGGUGAUAUAGAAGCUAGUGACGACGAUCGACAUCAGCACGUACCCAAGACGCAUUAAAAUUUCAUUAAACAUAUGGAUUAAUUAUAAGUCGAGGGUAUGCGCCCAUAACUUGAACAUCUCUAUUUCAAUUUGACAAUUUGAAAAAUUUUGCUUUUUUUUUUGUUAAAUAAAGAUUAAGAAGAAACAGUGUUGGGCAUCGAGCGAUGAAUAUUUAAAAAAAUUAGGAUUUGAAUUUAAUUGAAAGAUGACAUUAAUCGAUUCAAUUAGUUGAAAAGAUUAAUUGUAAUCUAGUUAAUUGUUAAAAUAGACUGUAAACAGCAAAGUCUGAUUACAGUUUUUGUAAAUUUAUUUAUUGACAUAAGAGGAAAGUUUGAUUAUAUGUGAAUAUAUUGCAUGAUACUGGUGCUGCAAAGGCUGAUGGUAAUAAAGAAAUAAUGGAUUUUGAAGUCUGUUAAAACAAAUGUCUGUAGAUUGGUUAAAAGUUUUUGUUAUUCGCAAAUAUGUUUAUUAUAAUCGUUUAAAGAAAAGUGAGGUUAAGUUCUUAAGACAUUGCUUAUUAUUCAAAAUUAAAUAGAAUGGUAAGCAGAUGUACUAAAGAAGUUUUUCUUUUAUCUUAGCAUACAAUUUUUAUGAUGUGUUGAUAAAUGCUGGAGAAAAAAAAAUACAUUCUAUUUCUGAUUUCUCGAAGACAUUCAACGCGUUGACUGCUUCGAUUUAGAAACUUAGAAAAAUUUAGAAACUUGUGCUAAUAUUGUGCUAUAAUUAAUAAUUUGUAUGACAAAACAAUUUUUUAAUUUUUAAUACAUAUUAGCUAUAGAAUAAAAAAAUUUUUUUUAGAAUGUUAUUAUUGCAUUGUUGGCUGUGUUAGAAAAAUAAUUUUCUUCGUUAUAUGAUGUUGUGUUUUAAAAUAUUUAUAGACGUUUUCUUGUAACAGUCAACGCGUCAAAUCGCACACAUAUUUCUCUGAGAAUGUUGCAUUUAAAAAAUGUGUAAUUUAUACGAAACUCGAGGCUGAAUAUUUGUCGCCAGACGCACAAUAAAAGCGAUUAUUGUUUCCCAGAUGAAACGACGCGCAUAAUGGGACCACUGCGAAUAUUCAUUAUAAAAUCAUCAUGAAGAAAUGAGAUCUAACGCUAACAUUGACGAUCUGACGACUAACUAAAAGCCUUCUGCAAGUUUUAUAUGUAUACGAGUUUGUUUUCAUAUUGCUCAUCAGAUACAAAUAUAAAGAUAGCCCAUCAAAAAAAAAAGAAAUAUGGUAACCAAAAUUAUGUUGAUGUUUAUAAAAGGAUUUCACUCUUUAGCUGCAAAAUAUAUUAUGAUCUCACUAUCAUCAAAGACUGCGUAUUGACAAACAGGUUCCUAGCUUAAAACUCCUUGCACAAAAUUUAAUUCCUAAUUAUUUUAGGUUUUUCUAGAUAUUUUAGAAAUAAAUAAAUUACAAGGUUACCUUUUGCAGCUGAAGAAUCAAUGAUUAUAAAUUUUUUAUUCAAGCACAAAUGCCAUGGAAGAAGAUUUUUUAAUCAUCUAAACUUUUUUUCUAUAUUUUACUUUGAGAUCAGCCGAAAGCUUCUUUUUCAACUCAAUAUCAAGCAGUAAAACCAUCAAAUGAAAAAUUAAUAAAGCAAAGAAAACAACGUCUGAAUACUUUUAUAACAAUGAGCAUCUCGAGUCAUCUUCCGUGUCCUAAAAUGCACAAAUUUAUUUAAACCGACCGAAAAAAUGAUGUCCAAUCUACUGAAAAAGAGGAAAUGACGAAAUUCUAUAGGAGAUUCUGCGAUUUAUCGCGCACAUCCUCAACUCAAAGAAGCUUUACCGCUUCUUCAAUUAAACUUUCAACGGAAUUUAUGGUAUUUCCCGACCGGUCGAGACUGAGAUCUCAUGCGAAAGAGUUCCGGAGGAGUUUCUUCAUCGGUGAAGUUAAUUACAAAAGAAAAAAGACGAAAUGAACUAAUCAUAAUCAUAUUGAUUAAUUGAUAAUGGAAGAAAAAAACAGAUCCAUGUGCAGAAAGAACAGGACAAAUAAAACAAAAAUAAAAAAAGUUUACAAAAAAAAAUUAAAUAAAAAGACAUACAUACAGCUGGAUACAUAUAAGAAAAUAUGAAGAAGAAAAAGAAGAAUUACACAGCGCAAUGCUCGAUUUAUAUACAAUAUACUAUAUAUAUACAUAUUAUAUAUACACACAUAGACUAGUCACAAUAUACAUGUGCUUUUGAUAAAAAAUCUAUUACUUAGAGGUUAGUUAGCCCUCAUAUACAAAACACGAAGAAACUGUUAUAAUGUACACAUUACUGCGUCCACAUAUACGUGCAUUAUAUGUGUCAGAAGAUAAAGAAAAAGAAAAAGAAAUAAGAAUUAGAAAAUUGAAGAAGAAAGAAAAAAAGCAAGGUGUAGGUGUACGCAGAUGAUAAUAUAUAUAAUGUUCAGUGCAAUAGGAGCCGAGAAACUGGUUUCAACUUCUUGACUUCUUGUACAUGUUGACAAUAGCAAAUCGAUGAACGAAAAGUAAAGAAAAGUAGAAGAAGAUGGAUCAGAAGAACCGAAAUUUACCGAAAAACGAUAAUAAUUACGAAUAAAUUUAAAAUAAAUAAAGUUUAAAUAAACUUAUAAAACGAUUAAAAACAUAGUCAGUAUUAUUAUGUUUGCGAAAAACAAGCAUUUGAAGAAGACGAGCCAAGAGAAACUACCUUCGGUCAGAAUAUUCUCCGGGGUUCGUUUGUUCUACGAUCUCGUCAAUGGGGACACGAGUAUCUAUUUAUAACUAUUAUUGCUAUUAUUAUAGUUAGUUGAUAUAGUAUUAAUAUAAUGUUGUUGCAUACACACAGUGGAUUUUGUUGUACAUCAUAAGAAUGAAUUGAGAUUAAUAAUUAGUCUAAUUAUAAUCUAUAUUUCUAUCUAAAUUCAUAUAAAGUUAUAGAGAAUUUAAAACUAUAUAUUUUUAUUUAAUUAAAUUUUACUUGUCCUGAUUAUAAUUUAUAGCAUUAUGAUAUAAAUCUUAUGCUUAUAUAUCAAUAAGAUCUAGUAAUGUCAAUGUCUUAUUCUAUUGCGGCCAUUGUUGAGAUUAAUGAAUCUAAACACGUCAUGUUAAAAUUACAUGACAUUAUGUCUUCCAUCGAUUUCUAUCCCAGUUUAAAAUUCUUGCAUUGAAGUUCUUUUCUUCAACUUUUCAAUUGUUCCAAAGUCUCUUUUAUAAAUUUACUUAAUAUUACAAAAUCUCUUUCAAUUUAAAUUUAAAAUAUAUUAAAAAUAUAUUAAAAAUUAUAUAUUUAAAAUAUAUUUAAAAUAUAUUUUGUUUAUGUAUAUAAUUUUUCAUUUAAUAAUUAUUUUAAAAUUAUCUUAUUACAAAUCUUUAAGCCAUCAGUUUUUAAAUACGUUUUUUCUUAAAUUGUAUAAAAUAUAAAAUCUAUUGCAUAAUCUUAUUUUUUUAUAUUAUUUUUUAUUUUUAUGGCAUUAAUGUCGCUAAUGAUAACAUUUAAUGUUGUAUAUUCACUUCACGAUAUUUUUAUUAAAUUUAUGACUUUGAAUAAAUAUAUUUUUUCAAACAUUAUAAAAUCCUCAGAAAAAUCUAAUGUGUGUUCGUAACAAUGUAUAUAAAUAAAAGUUUAUAUAAUAUAUAUUAAAUGAAUAUUAUAUAACAUUGCGAUUCAAUUUAACUUUUUUGUUAAUUUUGUUUAAUUUAGAAAAAGAAUAUUUUUAGAAAAUAUACGAAUUUUGAUCUUGUUAAGCGAUUUUUCAUGAGAAGAAAUUCGAUUCAAUAAUUAAAAAGUAUUCAAUUUUAAUAAUUAAGAGAUUUAAUUGAAAAUAAUAAUAAAAAAUUUCCCUUGAUAAUAUCCAGUGAUUCGUAAUAUCCAAGGAAUAAUAAUUUUAUUUAUUUAAGUAUUUUCAAGUCAGUUAAAAUAAUAUGAAAAAACAAUUAAAGUUUCAUAAAACAGUUAAAAUUGAAUAAUGGAAACAAUUUUUGUAAAGGAACUGUAAAGAAAUUAUUUUCAUUGUAAAUAAUAGCUUUUAAUAAAAGAUAGAUUUUCCACACUUAAGAGUUAAGGAAAAAAUGUUUUCAAUGGAUAAAAUUAAUAUUCAAUAUCUAUCUAUAAUGUUUAAAUAAUGUAUAACAAUGAUAAUAUUAAAAUCACUGGAUAUUUUUAGAAUGAUUUUAAAGAAAGAAAUAUUUAAAGUAUUUAUUAUUAUUAUUAAUUUGUUCAUAAAAGACUACAAACAAUCUUGUACAAAGACUAUUAAAUUAUAAAGUGUAAAAUAUGUAAAGGUUCAAAAAUCAAGUGGUACUUUGAAAAGUUGACCACUUAAAUUGCUUUUUUAACUCGUGUCCUCAUAAGUGAAUGCAAUUUGUAUAAAUGACAUAUAAUAUACUUUAUAUCGUAUCAGCAUUAUUCAAUAAAAUAUUCAGACUCUUAAAAAUUUAUAUAAUAGAAGCAUGUCAUAUUUUUUUUAUAAUUAAUUAUAUAAAUAUAUAAUUGUUCAACAAUUUAAAGUUCAACGAAAAAAGAAAAAUAAAAGAAAAAAAAAAGAAAGAAAGAAAAAAAGAAAGAAAAAAGAAAAGACUGUUUUUAACUUGGGAAAUUUUUAUAAGAAGUAUGAUAAAAACUUAUAGUUUUUCGUUAUUUUUUAUUAUAAUCAAAACUGAUCAAUCAUAGAAAAAAAUAAUAGAUCAACAUUUUUCAAUCUAUGAUAUACAAGAAUAAUAUAUGGAUAAUUUACAUAUAUAAAUUUAUAAAUAUACAAAAAAAUAAUGGAUUUUACAAUUAAAAUUCCUUUGAUCAUACUGAAUGAAUUUUAAUUGUCUAUUGAUUUAUAAUAUAAUUACUAAUAAAGUUUAAUUAUAAAAAUACUGAUUUAUAUAGUAUACAAUGAACUUUAUUAAUUUAUAUAUUAUAAAUAUUUGAAUUAUUAUAAAUAAAUAUGUUGAAUCACAUAACAAAAAGAUUGAGAAUUGCUGAUUUAUAUGAUCAAUUAAUAUUUUUUGUCAAUAAUUUUUAUGAUAAUUUUGGCUCUUUUGAAAAAGAGGGCCCAUCAACAUUUUUUCAAUUCGAUAAAAAUAUAGAGAACUGAUUGAACAAUGCUGUUACGAUACAAGCAUAUAUUUAUGUGUAUAAUGUAUUUAUAUUGUAUGCAUACCGCAUACAAAGAGUGCACUCUCUUUUUUCCGCACAGCGUUAGUUUAAUUGGUGACAUCUCGGUCAGAGAAUGUUAUCAGUGGCGAUGUUUGUUUCAAGUAGCCAAGAAAAGAGGAUCAUUGUAUAGCUUAGUGUAUCAUAAUUCGCGUAGCCACGCUCUGAUUUUAUGGAACCCCUGACUGUUUCAUUGCCGUUCGAUAUGCAAGCAAUGGAACGCCGGAUACCAUUCUUUAAUUAAAUAUUUAUUUUUAUUUUUUUCAAUUUAAACAUUAUAAAAUUCUGCUUUCAGUUCCAUUUUUGCAACAUUUUUGUUAUUUUAUCGUUUCUUGUUAUUGUAAUAGAAUAAUUAAUACAUAUAAGUAUAAUUAUCUACUUCUUACAAAAAAAACAUUCUUUACUUAUAAAAAAAUCUUGUUAGAGAAAUAAUUCCUUCCAAAUAAUUGACACCAAGAUAUCAUUUGAAGAGAAGACAUCAUGGAUAAUAAUAUAUUGAUUUAUAUCCUUAAGAUUUUUCAGAUCUUCAUUUUUCUACAAAAGAAUAACAAAAAUAUAAAAUAUAAGUAUUGCAAUAAUUUUUUAUUAUGAACGGUAAUAUUUAUCUGAAAUUAUUAUAAUGAAAUUGUUGAAAAAUAUGGAAAAUAUUAUAAUAUAUUAUAAUAUAUUAAAAAAACAAUACUGUGACAAAGUAUUUUGCUAUAGAGAUGCAAGCUAUAUGCAUAUUUUGCUAUAGAGAUGCAAGCUUUUACGAAAAAAAUGUACAAUUAGACUUGUAAAAAAUUAAAAGUCUUUAUCUUUGAAGAAAUUGUGUUCUCCAAGAUAAUUUUAUAUAAAGAUUCGCCAGAAAUUCUUCUGCUAAAAUAAAAUAUUUCGACGGUGUCCGGCUUUCCUCGAUAUUCCUAAUUUUUAGUAAUAAUGAUGAAAACACACGCCCGGAUAUGCGUAAUAUUAUUAAUAUAUUACGUGAAAGCACACUGCCGCAAUUUUAUAUGAUUAACUAUUGUUAUAUAUAUCUAUAUCUACAUAUUAUGCUACAUAUACAUUAAUUGAAAUUUGAAUACAAUUGAUACGUGUUUGACGAAAGAUUCCAGGUUAUAAAAUUUGACGACUUUGCAUCCUUUCCAAACGUUUUCGGUUCGUUCAAUCUGAAAAGAAAUCUAUUUAAAACAAGAGAAAAGCAUUACUUACUUCUGCAAUCUUAAUGGAAUACAUUAUUAAAUGGUAAUUAAUUGGAACAAAAUAAGUUUUUACAAUAUUUUACAGUUUUUACAAAGCAGAAAUAUUUUUAAUAAAAUAUUACACUAAAUCCAAUAAUUUUUAUUUUAAAAUUAAUAAAACAGUUUUUCAACGUUUUUGAAUUUUUUUUGUAAUCAAAUAAGUUGCAACUAAUAAAAUAAGAAAAAUUUAAAAAAUUAAUAUAAUUUUUUACCACAAAGUAAUAUUUAAUUACUUUUAUAAAAUUGAUAAUAUAAUUAUAUUAGAAAUUUUUAAGAAUGAUAAUAUACAUAAGUUGAAAAUUAAGAGAGAGAAGUUAAUGAAAGAAAACAAAUUGUUUCUUCAAUCCUCUAUAUUAUUCUUUGAUUAAAUUACAAUUCUAUAAUAUUUUGUAUUUUUCACAGGAUAAUAUGAAACAUAAUAUACAUAUGAAACAUUGUAAAAUGAUCAUGCACAAAAUGAUCGAAUGCUUAACAGAUUGAUCAAUCGAAAGCAGAAUUUGACAAUCAGUUUUAAAUCAAUUCAGAAGAUGUUUCAUUUCUUCAGAAUCCAAUAAUUUGUAUCCAAUAAAAAAAAUAUUUUGGCCUGGAGAUUCUUCGAAAGACGUUGUAUCGUUAUUAAAGGAUAUUCUUUUCGAUUGAAAUCGAGCGGAUGAACUGAAUUCAAAUGAAUAGUGGAUCUUGUAAUCUCUUUUUCGAUUCCUUUUUGCUAAUCGUAAGUUAUCUUCUUCGGUCGAUUUCUUUUUUUCCCACUUUAAGAAGAGUCAUCGAAUAAUUUCUCAAAGUGAAGAAAUGAAAAAUCGUGAAAAAAAAUGAAGAAGUUUAUAUGUAUUAUAUGAUUUUCGAUAGCUCACAACGAAAUUUCUGGGAAAGAAGAGAAAAUUGAAUUAGGAUUCACCUUGAAAUUAUGCAUAAGCAACACGAUGAAAAAAAUAAAAGAGAAGAGUGAAGAAUAAUGAUAAAACUAAGUAGUAUAGACAGGAAAAUAAAAAUGAAAAAAAGAAAGAAAAAAAACGAAGCAAGAGUCGUAAUAUUAAUAUAAAAAAUUAAUUUUUUAUCGUGCUAAUAUCUGAUUCUGAUCGUGUUUCAUCGAACAACAAAUAAUCAUGAUUAACUAAUGUUUCUUUGGACGAAUUUCUGUGUGUAAAAAAAAAAAGAAUAAUUCAGCGGCUUGUAUUUUCUAUCGUGAUAUAUGAUCUUUAAGCAAUUUUAUUCUUUUUUACGAUAUUUAAUCCUGCGAUAUUUUAUAGGCCAAUUAUUUUGAUAAGCUCAAUAAUUUUCUCUUGGAAAGGAGAAAAGCGUUUAUCUUGCUAUAUAUGUACACAAUUCAUAUAUACACUGAAACAGAACCGUCGAAUUUUUAUUAAAAAAAAUGAAACGGAAAGAAGAAAAUAGAAUUAGAAGAAAAGAAAGAUCCGACAAUUAUAUAAUCAAAUAUAAUGAUUUUUAAUCUGUAUAUAUAUUUUAUAUUUAUACUUCUUAUGUUGAACAAAAUAUCGAAAAUCCAAAAAUUAUUCAAAAAAUUUGAAAUAUAUUAUAUAUAUUAUAUAUUUGAAAUAUAUUGAAGAUUAUUAGUAGUUUACAAAAUAUAGCAUAAUUAUAAUUUAUAAAUUUAUUUUUUUAGGUUAAGAAAAAUAAAAAAAAAGUUAAAAAAAAAGAAAAAACGAAAGUUUUUUUAUUUAAAAUAAAAAAAACAAAGAAUUUUUAAUAUUUGCCGUUGAAAAAACAAAAAAAAGAUAUAUUUGUAUUUUAUAUAUUUCAUUGCAUUUUGGCUACUUAAUAAUUAAUGAAAUAGAAUGAUAUCUUCAGAAAACCUAAUAUUAGUAUUGAAUACGAUGUUUAAUCUUCAAAUCGUAAAAAAAAUCGAAGAAAUAGAUUUUUAAACAAAUAAAUCGACGGUUCUGAAUAUAAUGAGAUAAAAAAGUUUCAACGAAAUCUCUUCAUACUAAUUUAAGAUUAAGAAUACGUAAUCAAUGAUUCGUGGGUACCAGUGUCGUUUCUGAUUUCUCAAUAUAUACAUCUUUAUAAUCGUCAAAUCCUAGCGCUAAUGUAUAUUGAAUAUAUAUACGAUGGACCAUGUUUGUCAUACUGAAACAUUUCUAAAAAAAAAAACAAAAAAAAAUAUAUAUGUAUAUGUGUGAGAGAAAAAAAAAGAGAAAAAGAAAGUUUUUGUAAAAGUUUUUCCAUAAUUUUUCUAUAAUUUAGAAGCAUAAAAUAACUAUUAUGGAUUUUUUCUUCAUUGCAUCUCAAAAGAAAAAAAGAUUAUUACAUUUUUUAAGGAAAAAAACUGCAAAAAAAAAAUAAUGCAGGAAUAUGUAUAAUUAAGAUUUAAACUUAAUUAGCUCAUAUCAUAUACUUUAAAACUCUUUUUAAAAAAUCUCGAAUCGUCACGGGGUUUAUUCUGAAAUAUUUUUAAUAUAAAAUAUUUUUCCUUAUCUUUCGCAUUUUAAACAAUCAACUUAAUUUAAUUUUUUUUGAUAAUCCGUUUGUAAUCUUCAUUUUCUCGCUUUAAUCUAUAAACUUAAUUGAACAAAAAUGAUAAAAAUUGUUAAACAUUUGAAAAUCAGUUCAAAGAAAGACACUUACAUUAUUAUAACAAAAGAUAAAAAAAAUCAAAAUUUGAUUUAACAUUUUUUCUAAAUAUAUCUUUUAUCUUGAAAUCUUUCUAUGGAUAAUCUAAACUCAAAAAGACAAAGACUCCAAAUUCUAAGAAGAAGAAUGAAAGUUAAUGAAAGACGAAGAAGAAAAUAACUUAAUGAACCUCGAGACGAUUCUUUUAACCAACAUGGCUACGAUUUAUUUUAUUCUUCUUUUGUCUUUCGUUCUUUCGAAAGCCGACGAUGAUCUUCAAUGAGAAAAAAAAAGGGAUACAACUUAGUGGCAGAAGUCUCGCGCGAAUCUCAGAGAGUAGCCGUGAAAAGGAUGAAGAAAAACAAAGAAAAUAUUUGAAUUCCUCGAAACUGUCGUUCACCAUGACGUAGACGUAGAAACGACGAACUUCACACUUUUACGUAUCCAGUACUCAAUAAUUCCAAAACGAAGCAGCCAUUCAAAUAGUAAAUAGUUGGCCAAUAAUCAAGUUGAUCUGUAAGAAACAAUAGGACAUAUAUAUAUAUAUAUAUAUAUAUAUAUAUAUAUAUCUAUAUCUAUAUAUAUAUAUAUAUAUAUAUAUAUAUAUAUAUAUA